CAUACUCGAUCUGGAACAAAUACUGCUUCCCGAUCGGACCAGACCACAUUACACGACUACUGUAAAACACCCCCACCUUCCACAAGUCACCCUCCUUCCAGGCUCCCCAAGAAACAUAUUUAUAUCCUCCCCAGUCCACCCUUCAUCCAGCCGUAACCCACUCUCACGAUGUCUGCUUCUAGUUCCCCCAACAUGAACGAAUCCGAGCCGAACGAUGUCCGAGUUGAAGGCUACGAGCCGUUGAUUUCGCCACUCUUACUGCGCUCUGAAGUCCCGGUCAGUUCACGCUCUUGGAGUACGAUCCGCCAGGCCAGACGGGCUUGCGCAAAGGUCAUCUCCCAUCGGGACGACCGUUUAAUCGUCAUCGUCGGCCCAUGCUCAAUUCAUGAUACCGAACAAGCUCUGGAAUAUGCUAAGAUGCUCGCACCUCUUAUGUCUGAGCUACCAGACCUAGUGAUCGUCAUGCGAUCAUACUUUGAGAAACCCCGGACAAUAGUCGGUUGGAAAGGCUUGAUCAACGAUCCUGAUCUCGACGGAUCUUUCAAAAUCAAUAAAGGGAUGCGCAAAGCCAGACAAUUACUUAGUGAUCUAACCGAUCUUGGCGUCCCCGUUGGAGUCGAGUUAUUGGAUACUAUCAGUCCACAAUUCCUAUCGGAUUUGAUAUCAUGGGGAGCGAUAGGAGCGCGGACGACUGAAUCGCAACUACACCGAGAGCUAGCCUCGGGGACGUCGCAUCCGAUCGGGUUCAAGAACGGGACGGAUGGCGGGGUGAGUGUGGCGAUCGAUGCGAUGCGCUCGGCCAACUGUCCCCACUCCUUCCUCGGCGUCAACGACCAAGGCCUGGCCAGCAUCGUCAAAACCUCCGGGAACGUCGACGUCCAUGUGAUCCUCAGAGGCGGCGGCUCCAAACCAAACUAUGAUCCCGAAUCCGUCAGACUCGUCCGCGAAGCUAUCACCAAAGCUCGGCCUGAUACUCCGCCUGCUAUCAUGAUCGAUUGCUCUCAUGGCAAUUCCCUCAAGGACCAUCGAAAUCAACCUAAGGUAGUCGCCGAGAUUUGCACCCAAUUGAAAGCCGGUGAUCGGUCGAUUGUCGGGGUGAUGAUCGAAUCCCACAUCAACGAAGGUCGUCAAAAUAUCCCUGCCGAAGGGCCGAGUGGAUUAAAACAUGGUGUCUCAAUCACCGACGCUUGUAUCGACUUCCAGACCACCGUCAAGGCCCUCAAAGACCUACAAGCCGCCGUCCUUGCUCGUCGGAACUUGGGAACCCUUAACGGCACUACCACUCAUUAA